GGUUGCAAGUUGGGGAGGAGAUCUACUGGAUCGUGGGAUUCUAACAGUUUCCCUUGCCCCAAGGGAUAAUCAUGAAGCUCAAGUCCAGUUUGCACUUGAGCGUGGGAUACCUGCAAUUCUUGGCAUUAUCUCUACACAGCGUCUUCCUUUCCCUUCAAAUUCAUUUGAUAUGGCUCAUUGCUCAAGGUGCCUUAUACCAUGGACAGAAUUUGGUGGAAUAUAUCUACUAGAGGUUCACCGCAUACUCCGUCCUGGUGGUUUCUGGGUCCUUUCUGGACCUCCAGUGAAUUACGAGCAUCGUUGGCGUGGGUGGAACACUACCGUGGAAGAGCAGAAGGCGGAUUAUGAGAAAUUGCAGGAACUUCUGACUGCAAUGUGCUUUGAAUUUUAUGGGAAAAAGGAUGAUAUUGCUGUAUGGCGGAAAGCUUCUGAUGACAGUUGCUACAAGAAAAUUGCCAGUGAUCCAGAUGUCUAUCCACCCAGGUGUGAUGAUAGUCUGGAACCAGAUUCUGCAUGGUACACUCCACUCCGACCAUGUGUUGUUGUUCCAAGCCCCAAAGUUAAGCAAUCAGCCUUAGGAUCUAUCUCUAAGUGGCCAGAGCGUUUACAUGUUGCACCUGAACGCAUUUCUGACAUUCAUGGUGGGAAUGCUAACACUUUCAAGCAUGAUGAUAGCAAGUGGAAGGUGCGAGCAAAGCAAUACAAGAAGUUACUUCCUGCUAUUGGGACUGAUAAGAUAAGAAAUGUAAUGGAUAUGAAUACAGUUUAUGGAGGCUUUGCUGCAGCGCUAGUUAAUGAUCCCUUGUGGGUUAUGAAUGUGGUCUCUUCCUAUGCUGCAAAUACUCUUCCUGUGGUCUACGACAGGGGCCUUAUUGGAACUUUCCAUGACUGGUGUGAAGCAUUCUCAACAUAUCCUCGAACUUAUGAUCUCCUUCAUCUUGAUGGCCUGUUUACUGCAGAGAACCAUCGAUGCGAUAUGAAGCAUGUGCUUUUGGAGAUGGACCGGAUCCUGCGUCCCAGCGGGUAUGCAAUCAUACGGGAAUCCAGCUAUUUUAGUGAUUCUGUUGCUACCAUAGCCAAGGGAAUGAGGUGGACCUGCCGGAAAGAAGACACUAAAUAUGUGGUUGAGAAAGAGAAAUUAUUGAUUUGCCAGAAAAAGCUGUGGUACUCGAAUCGGAGUUCAAGAUGACUUGGCAAGGCUGCUGUUAUAGUAUCUUAGUUGAUGAUUCCAGAUCCAAAAUCAGGGAGAGAAGCCGGAUGCUGCACAUAAAGAUUAGUUUGUUUCAAAGUUCAAAUUCAGAUAUAUCAAUUGAAGAAUUAGGUACAAAAUAAAUGUACUUUUUGAUAAGUAUAGCUCAUAAAUAUAUUCUUUAUAACAUGUUACAGAUUCUUGGGGCUGUAACUUCCAAUUUUUCUACUUGUCUCAAUUCUUUAUGUUUUGUUGUAACUGGUAUUCAAAUGAUGGGUGAGUAUUACAGUGUAA